AUGCUUUCAUUUCUAUGGUAUUAUUGUUCGACAACAUGGGCUGCAUUUCGACGGCUCGUCCGUCACCCGCUGUAUCUUCCUUUACAUGUCUUCGAAUAUAUAACGGGCGAAAACAUCAACGCUUCGCCCCCCGCCGGCUCCACUCCAAACGCCAAGCCACGAGCUCUAGUAGCUUUGACACUGCCCAACGCAGAAGCAGCGCAAUGGAAUAGAGAAACUAUGCGAGAAUUUGAAGCCGCCUUAGAAGCAAAUCCUGCAGUGGAUCUCAUGUCCCUUUUCUCUGACUCUUAUCGUGGUCAGCACCGAGCUGCUCAAUACGAUCAGCUGUCUUAUCCCGGAGGAAUCAACCUCCAAAUGGUAAACAGUCUGCGCGAUACACUCCAGCGUGAGCCGGAAGUCAACCUUCUAUCCGCGUUUCCGGUAAAGUUUUAUACGCGCAGAAUCAAAAUGGCAACCUUCAGGGCUCCAGAAAAGCUUCCUCCGUCAAAGGAACCCGAAUUUCGCCAAAUCCUUGAUCGUGCUAAGACUGCUUCAGUUGUUUUCCCGCUGUCUGAGGCUGUCACUUCCUUGCUUGCACAGUCCGGAGCAUCGACGACUGAUGACGCGGAGGAGUCAUUAUUUGUAUCCUUGAACAGACUUCUCUGGGAUUCACCCACCAUCUGGCAACAAUGUGUCAGAGGCAUGGUGGUCAGGUGCAAUGAGGACAUUGUCGCUAAGGUCAUUUCGGGAAAUAAAAAAAACUAUACGGAAUACACGAGUAUGCAAUUCCUUGAGCAACAUGCACCUGACAUACCUGCACCAAGACCCCACGGCCUGAUCGAUUUUGAACCAUUUCAGGUCAUAUUCAUGACCUAUAUUCCGGAUAUGACUCUGACCGAAGCGUGGCCCGACCUUUCCCACGAUGAAAAAUUAUCAAUACAACGCCAGCUCGAUGAUAUCUUCCGUCGACUGAGAAGUAUUCGGCAGGAUGAUGGCAAUAUGCUUGGGGGCGUUUGUGCAGAAGGAGUUAGAGAGCUCCGCGUUGACGAAUGUGCCCUGUUUAAAGAUAUCACCAGGGCUAUCGACUAUAACAACUUGCAAUUUUCCGCCGACCACCGUGGCAGCGCCACUUAUGCUGAAUUACUUCGCUUAUUUCUGGAAAAUGAACGCCCUUCAGUACAAGGAUCGGUAUUCACCCAUGGUGAUGUUAGAACCGAUAACAUCAUGGUGAAACGCGACCCCAACGGCUGCUAUAAAGUUACUGGAAUUAUUGACUGGGAGCUUAGCGGGUUUUACCCUGAGUACUAUGAAUGCACUGCGCUGACCCGCACUUUGAGUUUUGUGGACGACAACGACUGGUAUCUCUAUUUGCCCGAGAGCCUGUCCCCAAUGCGCUUUCCUAUACGUUGGCUAGUUGAUCGACUUUGGGGCCUCCAGCUAAGAAUGGCAUAG